UGAUCUGAAAAUUAUGGGAUGUGACAUGAUGGAUAUGUUGGGUAAGCUGGACCCACAGGAUGUUCCCAACAGCGAUCAUGGGGCUUCAGACAACAGUGGAAUCACAAACAGAUAUCAGAGUGUAUGGGACCAGUUUAAGGGUCAGACCACAACAGAGCGAGAUCUUUUCCUCAAUGAAUCUUUUCCUGAUGACUUCCAGUGGGCUACCUCCAGUGAGUCCUUCAAGGUUGAGGGUGGUUGGAUGGAAGACGGAAAGGGGGAGACCAUCUGGGACCGUUUUGGUCAUGAAAAUAAGGUUUUUGAUAAUCAGACAGCUGAUCUAGCCUGUGACAGUUACAAUAAGGUGGAUUAUGAUGUUUAUCUCCUGCGGGGUCUUCAUGUGAACACCUUCCAGUUUUCUAUCUCCUGGGCCCGAAUUUUCCCUUCAGGCCACAGGAGCAGCCAAUCAGAGAAAGGCGCUCUCCACUAUGACAAGCUGAUAAAUGCUCUGCUUGAGUCUGGCAUCCAACCUGUUGUCACACUCUUCCACUGGGAUCUGCCCCAGGAACUCCAGGGCUACGGUGGGUGGACCAAUGCAUCCAUAGUUGAAGCCUUUAAGGACUACGCAGACUUCUGCUUCUCCAGGUUUGGAGGCAGGGUAAAGACCUGGAACACUUUCAGCAGCCCUUGGGUGGUGAGCCAUGCUGGGUAUGGUACUGGUGAGCAUCCUCCUGGAGUGAAAGACUAUGUGGUUUCCUCCUAUCAGGUCACACACAAUAUCCUCAAGUCCCAUGCCGAGGCCUGGCAUGUCUACAAUGACAAACACAGGAAGACACAAGGAGGGAAAGUAGGCAUAGCUCUGAACUCUGACUGGGCUGAACCCAUGGCCCCUUCCAGACCUGAAGAUGUAGCAGCUGCAGAUCGCUACCUGCAGUUCAUGCUGGGCUGGUUUGCACAUCCCAUAUUUGUGAACGGAGAUUAUCCUGAAACACUCAAGACUCAGAUUGAGCAGAAAAUAGAUGAGUGCCCUCUUUCUGUGCCUGCAAAACUUCCAGUUUUCACAGCUGAAGAGAGCAAGAGGAUACAUGGAACAGCUGACUUUUUUGGGUUAAACCACUACACGUCCCGGUUGGUCAACAACAGUGCUGGGGGCUGUAACCCUGGUCCUCAUGGGGUGGGUGACUUCCAGGCACAUGUUGACCCAUUAUGGUCUUCAACAGCGUCUGAUUGGAUCUAUUCUGCACCUUGGGGGCUUCGAAGGCUCUUGAACUACAUCUCAGGGGAGUAUUUGAAUGUCACCAAAUUGCCUAUCCACAUAACUGGGAAUGGUAUGCCAACUGAGUACAGUGGGGACACUAUCAAUGACACCCAUAGAGUAGAGUACAUGAAGAGUUACAUCAAUGAGGCCUUGAAAGCAAUAUUCUUAGAUGGAGUGGAUGUGCAACAGUUCACAGUGCAGUCAUUAAUGGAUGGAUUUGAAGGGAACCAAGGCUACAGUGAAAGAUUUGGUCUGCACUUUGUCAACUUUAAUGAUGCAGACAGACCAAGAACCCCAAAGCAGUCUGCAUAUUUCUAUGCUCAGGUUAUCGGGCAAAAUGGAUUUGGUUCACGUCAUGGGGAUGUUGUCAAAGAGCAAUUUAAGCAAUACACUCGCAGAGCAACUGGUUUAUCAUCUUCAGAAGUUCCAUCUAAAUCCAAGGUUGUCUGGGAGAAAUUCUCACACCAGACAAAAUUCAAGACAAAAAUGUAUCACUACGGCACUUUCCCUGAAGGCUUCAGCUGGGGAGUAUCAUCCUCAGCUUACCAGAUUGAAGGGGGCUGGAAUGCUGAUGGGAAAGGGCCAAGCGUCUGGGAUACAUUCACCCAAAAGCCUGGCAAUACUCCUGCUAAUGCUAGCGGAGAUGUGGCCUGCGACAGCUACAACAGACUAGAUGAAGACCUCUACAUGCUACGAGCUCUCAGGGUGAAGUCCUACAGAUUCUCCAUGUCUUGGUCCAGGAUCUUUCCUGAUGGUCGUCGUAGCUCCUUGAACCAGAAAGGUGUUGACUACUACAACAGACUCAUUGAUGGCCUCUUAGCAUUUAACAUCACUCCCAUGGUGACACUCUAUCACUGGGACCUUCCACAAGCUUUGCAAACCCUUGGUGGUUGGGACAAUGUAAACAUGAUUGACAUUUUCAAUGACUUUUGUGACUUUUGUUUUGCCACCUUUGGUGACAGAGUGAAACUCUGGAUGACCUUUAACCAGCCUCACACAAUAGCAUUGUUAGGAUACAGGCUUGGACAGAUCCCCCCCAAUGUUCAGAAACCAGGAACUGCUCCCUAUAAAGUUGCACACAACCUCAUCAAAGCACACGCCAAGGCCUACCACACAUAUGAUGAUAAGUACCGCAAGUCCCAAGGCGGUCUCGUAUCCAUCGCUCUCAAUGCUGACUGGGUCGAACCUGAAGAUGUUAAUGUUCCCAGGGAAGUGGUCGCUGCUGAUCGUGCUCUGCAGUUCCAACUGGGCUGGUUUGCACACCCCAUCUUCAAGAACGGUGACUAUCCUGAUGCAAUGAAGUGGCAGGUUGGAAACAAAAGUGAACUCCAAGGUCUCUCAGAGACAAGACUCCCCUCUUUCACUGAAGAGGAAAAGAGCUUCAUCAAGGGAACUGCUGACAUGUUCUGUGUUAAUCACUACACUACGAAGAUUGCAAGUCAUGCGACACUGAGGCUGUCCCCUCCGUCUUAUGAAUACGACCUGGACUUGAGGGUAGCAGAGGAAGGUGAUUCCCCCACUACUGCAAUAAGGGAACAGAGAGCUGUAGCAUGGGGCCUGAGAAGACUCCUAAACUGGAUUAAGGAAGAGUAUGGAGACCCAGAGAUUUACGUUACAGAGAGUGGAGUUGCUACAGAAGCAACACAAACUUGGGAUGACACUGCCAGAGUGUUUUAUUACAAGACCUACAUUGAUGAGGCUUUAAAAGCCCACGACCUUGAUGGCGUUAAGGUGAAAGGAUACAUAGCAACCUCACUCAUGGACUCCUUUGAGUGGCUGCAUGGGUACAAAAUUGGAUUUGGGUUACAUCAUGUGGAUUUCACAGACCCAAACCGUCCAAGAACCCCUAAAUACUCUGCCCAUUUCUACCACCAAGUCAUGAAAGACAAUGGAUUCCCUGAACCAGAUGGCGAGAAGGUACUUCAUGGACAUUUCCGAAAAGGUUUCAUAUGGAGCACUGCAACAGCAUCAUACCAGAUAGAAGGGGGUUGGAGAGCAGACGGGAAAGGUCUCAGCAUCUGGGACAAGUUUGCUCACACUCCUCUGCGAGUCUUCAAUGAUGACAAUGGGGACAUAGCCUGUGACAGUUACCAUAAAGUAGAAGAGGACGUUGCUAUAUUGAAGCAACUUAAGGUGACCCAUUAUCGAUUCUCCAUAUCCUGGCCGAGGGUGCUCCCUGAUGGCACCACCAAGAACAUUAAUGAGGCUGGACUCAACUAUUACCACAGACUGGUGGAUGCACUUCUUGCUGCAAACAUCCAACCACAUAUCACUCUUUACCACUGGGACCUUCCACAAGCUCUGCAGAAUAUUGGGGGCUGGGAGAGCGACACAAUUGUAUUCACAUUCAGGGAUUAUGCUGACCUCAUCUUUAGCCGACUUGGACCCAAAGUGAAAUUCUGGAUCACCAUUAAUGAGCCAUACAAUAUAGCCAAUGUUGGCCAUGGCUAUGGAGCAGCUGCCCCAGGGAUCAGUCUCCGACCAGGCACGCUGCCUUACAUUGUGGGACACAACCUUCUGAAAGCUCAUGCUGAGGCCUGGCAUCUCUACAAUGACAAAUACCGGGCCACACAGAAAGGGAUAAUCUCAAUCACCAUCAACUCUGACUGGUCAGAACCAAGAAAUCCUUACAAACAGGAGGACAUUGAUGCAGCUAGACGUGUGGUUCAGUUCUACAUUGGCUGGUUUGCACAUCCGGUCUUUAAUGGAGACUACAGCGACAUGAUGAAGACAAUCAUACGAGAGAGAAGCUUAGCUGCUGAUCUACCAAAAUCUCGGCUGCCUGAGUUCACUCCUGAGGAGAUAAAGAGGAUAAAGGGAACUUAUGACUAUUUUGGAUUCAACCAUUACACCACUGUGCUGGCAUUCCCUGUGGCCUAUGGGAACCUUCAGCACUAUGAUGCUGAUAGGGGUGCGGGAACCAUUGCUGAUCGUACCUGGCUGGAUUCAGGUUCAUCAUGGCUGAAGGUCUCCCCAUUUGGUUUCCGGAAGAUAUUAAACUUCAUUAAGGAAGAAUAUGGAAAUCCUCCAAUUAUCAUCACUGAAAAUGGCAUGUCAGAGCGAGGGCCCAUUGACCUAGAUGACUUUCAUAGGAGCUACUACUAUGAAAAGUACAUCAACCAGGUGCUAAAAGCAUACUUGCAGGAUAAUGUGGACAUCCAUGGAUACACAGCUUGGUCCCUGAUGGACAACCUGGAGUGGGCUACCGGUUUUUCAGAGAGAUUUGGCCUCUUCUACGUUAAUCACUCAGACCCAAAUCUGACUCGAGUGGCCAAGUCUUCUGUUGCCAGCUAUGCCACCAUCAUAAAAUGCAAUGGAUUCCCAAAGGGACCCCAUGAGUGCUUGGACCCAGAGCCAGAAGCAACAACUGCACCAAAAACAGAUGCACCAACCAAGCCAGUUCGCUCGAACGACACAGUUAGCUUCUUGGGAAUGGAGCUCUCUAUCAGUGAUGCAGAGACCGGACUUACCACCACAUUUUCACUCCUAAUAGUUGUAGCAUUUUGUGCUGUUUGUUCAACCUUUUGCUUCUUCAAGGCAAGAAAACAGUCAAAGAGAAUGGGUAGGAAAGAAAAGAUUGAAAUGUCAAAAACUCAGUUUUAAUGGGAGUGACACAUGGCCUACACUGUCAAUGAACUGUAAAUGUCUCAGCCGCAUGAGCAAAAAUCCUUUUUCAAAAAGCUAUUUCAUGUGAAUAUAUAUUUGAACAGCAAAGAUUUUAAAAUAUUCAUGGCAAGCUGGAGAAGUUUACUUCUUGUACUUAGAGCAGGAUUCAACAAAUGUCUUUUCUGUGCUGAUUAAAAAAUAUGUCUGACGUUAAUGCUGUUUUAUCAUUCAAAUAAAUUCAACUAUCACA